AUGGACGACGACCAGGUUGCUUGCCAGCCUCAUAUGGACGACACUCAAGAGGAAGUAUUGCCGCCCCUCAGCUCCUCUCCUCCCGACACAGUUAUCCUAGACUCCCCAAGUUUGGAUGCGACUAUACCAAAGAGCCCUCGGUUGUCCAGAAACCCCUCGUUUUCUGGCAGCAGCUCCCAUCAUGACGACUGGGAUCCACUGCCUCCGCUCGACCGCCUAACUGUGCUCGAUCUCCUCGACAAUCUAGCUCUACCCCAACAGCUAGAGAAGCUCCAAAAAGGUAUUUCAGCGCAGACCAGCAAAGUUCGUCGAUCCAGAGAUGCAUUCAAGUCCAGGACGCAACUCGCCCGCGACCGGAUGGUUGAGGAGUGGAGGCGCCGCGUCCCCUCGGCAGACGAACAGUUCGAUCGAUACAGGAAAAGGAUGCGACAACGCGUUGAGAAGCUUGGUCGACAAUGGAAUGAUACAAAAGCAAUCACUCUGCGUGAAAAAAUAUCUUUCAUAUGUGGUGUCAUGAAUAUCUUCAUCAGCGGGUAUCUAAUUGGCGGGUAUCCCCAGUACUUCCACCUCUGGUACACAGCUCAACUGAUUUAUUUCAUGCCAAUCCGCUUUUUCACCUAUCACCGACGUGGAUACCAUUAUUUUCUGGCCGACCUCUGCUACUUCGUCAACAUGCUGCUUUCUCUCAGUAUUUGGGUUUUUCCCAACUCUAAGCGGCUGCUCACGGCAACUUAUUGUCUGGCUUUUGGUAAUAACGCUGUGGCAAUCAUCAUGUGGCGUAAUUCUCUCGUAUUCCACAGCUUUGACAAGGUCACAUCCCUUUUUAUUCAUAUAAUGCCGUGUGCAACACUUCAUUGCCUCGUUCAUUUGCAUUCCUCCGAGGAUCAGAAAUCACGAUUUCCUGCCAUCUGGGCCAUUAAGAACGCAAGUCCUGGUUCACCCACUGCCUACGCCAAUGUCGUCUCAAUGCUUGCAUGGAGCACAAUUCCUUACGCGUUUUGGCAGCUGAGCUACUACUUCUUUAUUACCGUUCGCCGAAGGGAAAAAAUAGCGGCUGGUCGACCUACAUCCUUUACAUGGCUACGACGGUCCUAUUCCAAAACUUGGAUUGGCAAAUUCGUCCUCUCUCUUCCCCAAGCUCUCCAAGAGCCCGCUUUCAUGUUGAUACAAUACAGUUACGCAGUGCUAACGAUGCUACCAUGUCCACUAUGGUUCAAUAGCAGAUUCGCAUCUUCCACGUUUCUACUCGUUGUAUUUGCUUGGAGUAUCUAUAAUGGAUCAACAUAUUAUAUUGAUGUCUUUGGGAAGCGCUUCCAGAAGGAAUUGGAAGCCAUGAAAGCUGAGGUGUUGAAGUGGCAGAGCACACCUGAACUUAUGCUGCAAUCGCCGCUGUUGACACCUCAUCCAGACGUUACUCCGGCUCCGGGAGUUGGGCAACAAACACAACCUUUGGAACUGGGGCAGGGUGUACAAUCGCCGAAUAACAUGCCGAGGCCUGGUUCAGGGAUUGGUCGAACAACUAGUUUGGACAAAAUACCACUGCUUGAUGAUAGUGUUGGCACAACCACUGGACUAGACGGUGGGGCAAAAGAUAUCGCUCGAGAGAGAAAGACACAAUAA